AUGCGGCCCUCACGCUUGGAACGCCACUUGAGGACAACACAUCCUGCUCUAGCUGACAAGCCCAAGGCAUUCUUUGAAACAAAAAGACACUCCUUGAAGCAAGUUAAGUUGGACGGCAGUGGGGCAUUUCGGCAACAAACUUCAAAGGUUGUUGAGGCUUCCUAUGAGAUCGCCAUGUUGAUUGCAAAGAGCAAGAAGAGCCAUAACGUCGGAGAGUUUCUCAUAAAACCAAGCAUACUCCGUGCAGCAGAACUCGUUCUGAGGAAAGAUAGUGCAAACAAGCUUUCCCAAAUUUCACUAUCAAACGAUAUAGUCAAGGGAAGAAUCGAUGAAUUGUCUCAAGACAUCAAAGAUCAAAUUCUCGACCAAGUAAGAGAUUCUCCUGUUUUUGCCAUCCAGUGUGACGAAACGACUGACAUCGCUCAGCGUUCUCAGCUACUGUUGUAUGCUCGUUUCGUGUCAGCACUCAUCAUCUCACAAGCACCAUUGUUGUCACUGCUCAAGAGGGUUUGUGGUUACCACAGGAUCUGUCUUGAGCACUAG